AUGGUGUGGGAUAUUUUUGGCUGGUUCAGAGACGUCUUGGCAUCUCUCGGUUUAUGGAACAAACAUGGUAAGCUGUUAUUCUUAGGUCUAGACAAUGCCGGUAAGACUACUUUACUCCACAUGCUAAAGAAUGAUAGAUUAGCUACUUUACAACCAACUUGGCACCCAACUUCUGAAGAAUUAGUAAUUGGCAAUAUCAAAUUCACCACUUUUGAUCUAGGUGGACAUCUUCAGGCCCGUCGUUUAUGGAAGGACUAUUUCCCUGAAGUCAAUGGAAUUGUCUUCUUGGUGGAUGCCGCUGAUCCUGAAAGGUUUGUUGAGUCCCGUGUAGAAUUGGAUGCUUUGUUCAAUAUUGCUGAAUUGAAAAAUGUUCCAUUUGUGAUUCUAGGUAACAAAAUUGAUUGUGAAAAUGCUGUCUCUGAGGCAGAACUACGCUCUGCUUUAGGCUUGAUGAGUACCACAGGCAAUGCAAGAGUCGAAGGUCAGAGACCAGUUGAAGUAUUCAUGUGUUCCGUUGUGAUGAGGGAUGGUUACGCUGAAGCUUUUCAAUGGUUAUCUCAAUACAUUUAA